AUGUCGAUGGCGACUCAAUUGCCUCAGAUACCAGAGGUUCAACGAAUCAGCCCUUUGAUUAUCAGGAUCCUAGGAGGCAACGCUGGCCAAUUCACUUUGCAGGGAACGAACACCUAUCUUGUGGGUAGGGGCCCAUCCCGUCUCUUGCUCGACACUGGCGAAGGCAAAUCUUCCUGGUCUCACUGCCUCUCCUCGAUUCUCAUAUCGGAAUCCACCACGAUAUCUCAAGCUAUCAUUACACAUUGGCAUCCUGACCACGUUGGCGGCGUGAAAGACCUCCUCUCCUUUUGUCCUAACGCAACAAUUUAUAAGCAUGAUCCGGCAAGCGGACAGAAACCGAUUUAUGACUGCCAAAUCUUUGAGACAGAAGGAGCUAAGUUGCGAGCAUUCCAUUGCCCUGGCCACACUGCGGACCAUAUGGCUUUCGUAUUGGAAGAGGAGAACGCAAUGUUCACAGGCGACAAUGUCCUGGGACAUGGAACAGCAGUGUUUGAGGAUUUAGCCGUGUAUCUUGACAGCCUAUCACGCAUGCGGGAGCAAUUCCACGGCAGAGCCUACCCGGGUCAUGGUGCAGUAAUAGAAGAUGGACGGACUCGGAUUGAGGAAUACAUCGCACACAGAAAGCAGAGAGAAGAGGAGAUCUUGCAGGCACUCAGGGAUAUCGGGAAAGAGGCGACGUCAAUGGAAUUGGUGAAAGCCGUGUAUAAAGAUGUGCCAAGCAAUCUGCAUGUGCCAGCCGCUAACGGUGUAGUGCAAGUCUUGCGGAAGCUGGAGGGUGAGGGAAAAGUUGCACAAUGUCAACAUGAGAGUUGGCAGAUAGCUGAUAAAGCGACUCUCUGA